AUGGGUUGGUUGUUGCUCCAGCGUCUGGUGAUGGCUCUAGGAGAGUAUAUGAAGGUGCACUCACACGCAUGCAUCGGAGGCACUAACGUCCAUGUCGUGGUGGGCACGCCUGGUUGCGUCCACGACAUGAUCAACCAUAAGGUGCUGCGCACCCAGUAUAUCAAGCUGUUUGGUUUCGAAGACCAGAUCCUCGACGUGUUCAAGAUGGUGCCCCCAGACGUGAAGGUCAUGUCCGCCAACAUUCUGGGGAAGAAGGAAGAAUUGACUCUCGAGGGCAUCAAGCAGUUUUACAUAAACGUUAAGCAAGAAAAUUGGAAACUGGGUACCCUAUGCAAUAUGUACGAUACACUGUCCAUUACCCAGUCGUCUAUCUUCUGCAAUACCAUGGACCAUCUAGCCGAGGAGAUGUCGAGCCCCAACUUCACCGUUUCGGCUAUUUACGGCGACAUGGAGCAGCGAGAUCCUGAGGUCAUCAUCAAACAAUUCCGUUCGAGCUCUUCUCGCGUCUUGAUUACCACUGAUUUACUGGCGCGUGGUAUUGAUGUGCAGCAGGUCUCUUUGGUCAUCAAUUACGAUCUGCCCUUAAACCGCGAGAACUACAUCCAUAGAAUAUGUCGGGGUGGUCAAUUCGGUCGCAAGGGUGUUGCAUUAAGACUAAAUUUGUUUGCAAUCGACAUUCACAAGUGGUCCAUCGAUGACUAUGAUUGCUCCUGCCAGUCAAAAAACUCGAUUUCUUCAGAUUAUCUUUAA